CCGCUGCCAAUAAACAGGGCGCUGGGCAUGAGCGGACCUCAUCAAAAGAAGCGCCCAACUGCAGCAAGCGUUGCGCCCCCCUCCAAAGACCGCGCAGCACGUUCUACUUACCGGCCUACAUACAACGUACAAAACUCCUCCUCCUCUUUCUACCUACGACAACUUCAUUGCGACAAGUCCCUGUCGCGCCGCCCGUCCAGCUCACCACCCUCACGCGAUCGGCUCUCGUCCCCCGUCGGCACGGCGCGGGGCUGACACUGACUGACUGACUCUCUCAUCCAUCCCACUCACUGUCCGUCGUCCGACCCGUGUGUGUGCCUGAACUGAACCGCAAGCGCCACACUCACCCUCAUUGCCCCAUACGACAAGCAUUCCGAUCGCGCCGCCGCCCGCCGCCUCUGACCCGGCCAAAUUUGCGCACACCCGACAUCGACAUCGCGUCUCUGCCUGAUCUUCGUACAGCCGCCGAACGACGAGGACAGGUUCGCGACGUCGGCCCCUGCGUGAUCCUCCCCCCAUCGUAGCGCCGCCACUUGCCAAACCCGACAAAAGGCGUCGUCACUUACCAUGGCUUCGGUAACGUCGCUCGACAAGGACUUGCGCCAGAUGCGCCUCGACAAAUACACUCCCGCCGCCGCCAACGAGGCCCGGAAAUGGAUCGAGGACACACUCGGCGAGAGGCUGCCCUCGUCAGACCUCCUCGAUGGGCUCAAGGAUGGCGUCGCUCUGUGCAAGUAAGUCGAUCCCCCUCGCCGCGCGCCGCGCUGCCCGCUCGCUCACACGCCUGCCGCUCAACAGGCUUGUCAAUCGCGCCGUGCCUCCGCCCGGCGUCAAGUUCAAGCAGUCGGCCAUGCCCUUCGUCCAGAUGGAAAACAUCUCCCACUUUCUCCGCGCCUGCCAGGCCCCGCCCCUCAACCUGCAGCAGCACGACAUGUUCCUCACCGUCGACCUGUACGAGCAAAAAGACCCCGCCCAAGUGUUGCAAUGUCUCGGCGCCUUCAGCAGGGCCGCCAACGCCGUGAAUCCGAGGAGCUUUCCCACGGCCAUAGGCCCCAGGACCCGCGGUGUCAUGAGCCCGCAAGGCACCGGCGCCGCCCCUGCCACCCCCACUGGACUCCGCGAUAGAGGCACGUCCAUCACGAGCAAUACCUCGUCCGCGUACGGCGCUUCCUCUAAGCCGGUGCUCCCGCAUCGGACCGGAGAUUCCGCGUCCGGUCGCUGGAGCCCGACCAAGGGCCACGGCAAGACGCCAUCCAACGGCGGGUCGCCCGGCACCGUCAGCAGCUGGAGCAAGCGCGAGCAAGAAGGCGCGACAUCGCCCGCCUGGAAUAUCGCUCAGUACGGCUACAUGGGCGGAGCGAGCCAAGGGAACCUGGGGAUUGCCUUUGGAGGGAGGAGGCAGAUCACCAACGCCGCCCCUCAGGUUCCCACCCUCGCCGACAAGGAACGACGCCGCAGAGAGGAGGAAGAGCGCCAGCGUCAGGAAGCCGAGGAAGAAGAACGCCGUCGCGAAGCAGAGGAGGACGAGGCCAGGAGGGAAGAGGAGCGCCGGUGGGAGGAGGAGACGGAGAGACUGCGCGAGGAGGAGCGGAGGAGGGCCGACGAGGAGAAGAGGCAAUGGGCCGAGCAGGAGCGCCAGUGGCAGCUGGCAGAGCAGAAGCGCCGCAAGGAAGAGCGGGAUGCCGAGGCCCGCCUGCAGGAGGAGCGUCGCCGCACUCGGAGCCAGAGCGACAACAAGCUGCGCGGCCAGUUCCUGAGCCAGUACCAGGCCGAACAGGCCGACGCGGGGAACAGCCACAGCUCCCGCAUCCAGGAGCUGGAGAAGGAGCUGGAGCUGGCGCGCCAGCGCGAGGCGGAAUACGAGCGCGAGCGCCAGGGGCGGUCGUCACGCAGCGACAGCAGGCCGGCGAACGAGAUAACGCCCCCGAAGCCGAGGUCCAGGAGCCGCCAUGCCGCGACGGCAUCGCCGCCGGCCGCCCAGGGGCCGGAGCGCGAACCCGCGCGCUUCGAGUCGUGGUCCAAGAACGAGCGCGAGGUGCUCCACACGGCCUGGAACCAACACCAGGAAAGCCUGCAAGAGGAGGACGCGCAAGGCACGCCCACACCGCCCGUGACGUCUCGCCGUCCCCUGCCCGAUCCCGCCGCCGCACCCAAGGUCAAGAGCCCGAGCGGCGGCAGCCGGCCCCUCCCCGACCCGUCCAAGUACGCAUCACCUCCAGCGCCGCCGCAGAACCGCACGGACCGAUUCCUCGCGAGCAACCCGGCCCCGGCGCAGGCCGCCUCCCCGGCUCCGCAGACGACGUACGCGCGGGAGCCGGGCGCCACGGAGGAGCGCGACGGUGAGGACCGACGCCGCGCACAGAGCCAGGCCAAGGCCAAAGCCGGUGGCCGGGCGUCUAAGUCGCUGCUGGAGCGCGAGAUGGAGAUGGAGCGCCAGCGGCAGCGCGAGUGGGAGGACGCCCAGCGCGAGACGGCGAGGGCCGCCCGGCCGGCCGACGGGGCCGUCGACGGCAUCGGUGGCGGUGUCGGCGGCCGCUGGGACGUCGGCCAGUGGAGCGGUUACACGGGCGGCGACAGCCAGAACAGGGGCGGCCAGGGCAUUGGCGCCGGGAGGAGGCAGAUUGUGGGCCCGCGGCCGCUCCCCGGUGCGGGCAGGUCAUGACGAUGAUUGACGACGGCUGGGGGCGGUGACGGCGGCGGCGGCGGCGGCGGCGGCGACGACAAGCGAUGAUGAUGAGACGACGAGGCCAAGACGCGGAGACGCCGGCGCGCGUCCGGGUGGGCGGCUUCAAUGUUCUCCACCCUCCUUUUCUUCUUCUACUUCUUCUUCUUCUUCUCCUUCCUCCUCUUCUUCUUUUUUGUCCCACCCCUGCCCACCGCAGCGAGAUAGACAUCAUCACCCGACAUGGACCCGCAUCAACCCGCCGGGUUGAAACAAAAAAGUUCAAACGUACACGCUGCAUGCUACGAUGGAUGGCGCGCUCAACACGCUAUCCCAGACCCU